AUGGGAGUGGGUGAUUCUAGAGAGUCUCUUGUAGUGCGUCUGGUGGGGCCGGCGUUAGCGGCAGCGGAUGUGACUAAUGAGGGAGACGGAGCUGACUAUAACGAGUACCAGGACACCCCAUGCGACCACUCCGCGUACGGCCGGUGGCUCUUCGACCCGCCAAAGGGCAAGUACACGUGGCAGCUGUACCCAUGCGCGAAGCCUCUCCCGCCGCCGUCUGAAUGGCUCAGCGCGCUUCAGUCUCGGGGCAUCUACGAGAUCAACAUCGUGGGCGAUUCCCAUCAACGGCUCCUGUUCAACCACCUCUUUUUCCUGCUCACAGGGAAAGCACACGUUUUCCAGUCGAAGGUCCAUCAUGAUAUGACGCACGUGAUCAUGCCCUCCUCCACUCCCGCUCCCUCUCCUGGUGUCGCCUCUGCUCCUGCUGCUGAUUUGCCCGACACCCCUGCUGCUGCCGCCUCUGCUUCCUUUGGCGAGGGAGCGUCACCUGGCAGCAGCAGUGAAGCUGCAGAGCAGCGGCCGUUGAAGCUCAACUUCUACUGGAUUGCUGGAAUCUACAACAUCGGGCAAUACGGAUGCAAUUAA